AUGUCCCCGUUGUUGAACAGUCCUUGCUUUCUUUUCGUAGUUAGUGUAAUUAAUAUUGAGCCGCUUUCUAGAAUUCGAAAAGUCAAGUGUGGAGAAGAAAAGCCAAACUGUGUCCGAUGCACCAGCACAGGCCGUAAGUGCGAGUAUGCAGGCACAUCCUCCGGUACCUUCUCUUCUACACCUUCCACCACCUCGAUACAGGAGUACCCGCUUUCAUCAGUACCGAAUACGGUGUGGCGAGAGCGUCGUGCCUUUGCCUACUACUUCCAGCAGGCCGCCCUGUCUAUCGGUGGUGGACUAGAUGUUUACUUCUGGCGUACUGUCGUCCCGCAAGUCUGUCGAAGUGAGCCAGGCGUAUGGGACGCCAUCAUCGCACUCAGUGACCUGUUCGAGAGUCCCGAAGAGCAUUCUCGCCCACCCACUGAAAAGCGCCGAGACGCGCUGGGCUGGUAUUCACGUUCGGUGUCUGCUAUCCGGCAGCGAAUUGAGCGUGGUGGCAUAGAUAUCUUCGUCGGGCUUAUAAGCUGUAUUCUCUUUAUCAGCAUCGAAGCCAUCCAAGGAAAUGAACAAGAGGCACUACAGCUGUAUGGUCAAGGUGUCCAUCUCAUUCGCAUGUUGCGCACUCAAAUAGCUUGUGGGGUCAUAUCAGCAACACAUGCUUCCUUGUUAGAGGAGACAAUCGUCCCGAUAUUCGUACGUCUAGGGGUAGUUGCUCUCACCAUUGCUCAUCUUCCAGUGAGCGGUCUACUCCUGGACAAUGAUCCUGUACCGGUGCAAGAGUUUGUCACCCUCAAGUCUGCUCGGGAGGCCAUCGCUCGCUUAAGCAUGGAGAUCCAGCUGUUUGAACGCACUUGCAUAGAGCACCGACACGAGUUUCGCGCCUCGUAUAUGCACCCGGACUUUGUGGCCCGACAAAAGGUCCUGUCAGCUAAAUUAAGGAACUGGCAUACUGCCUUUACCGUCCUCAUAGAUGGCCUGCGCACGAAAGACGGUUAUUCACUGCAACAAAUUGGCACAGGCGCCCUUCUUUUAACUUACUACGAAAUGUCAUUCGUGAUACUCGCAACCUGCACAUCGUCUUCACACAUGAUAUACGACACUUAUACACCAAGCUUCCAGAAUAUAAUUGAACAGUCUGGGGUCGCUAUGAAUGCUUUAGCACGAUCAGACGGCACACAACCGCCGUUCACAUUCGAAAUCAACGUCGGUUUUCCGCUUUGGUUUACCUGCCUCAGGUGUCGUGAACCCAAGAUUCGACGUAUGGCACUAGCUUUGUUUCGCCGAGGACCUCAGGCGCAGGCUUUCUACAACUCUGCUGGAGCAGCAGUCCUUGGUGAAAGGGUCAUGCUGCUAGAAGAAGCGCUAGCAAUUAGAGCAAACCAAGGCAAAACCAAGCCUCUGAAACUGGACUCAACCAAAACAGCUAUAGAUAGUCAUGCCUAUAGUGCGGGCCAUAGUAGCGACGCUUCCAGCGUCGAUUCUAGCUAUCUCCCUGUUACUCAAGACACCAAACUUGAGGCACACUCAUAUCCGGUGCCGGCAGGCCGGGCAGCCACGACUCCCACCACACUAUUCGUUCCGGAAGAGGCACGCCUUGGACCCAUUGGCAUCUUUCGGUCACAAGACGGAUUCCCGCCAGGAACAAAAGAGGAAGAAGUCGAAAAGUGGAACAAAAGGCGCGAUCAGCGCUUUUUACGAUUCUCCCGGAACGAGCAUGACCAAGCCAGCGACACUUGGCAUGUUGUUCAUGAAUAUGUUCCUAUUGAUGUUUAA